CAUGCUGGGAGUUGUAGUCCGCCCGCGGCCUGACGGGAGUGGAGUAGGUGGGGCUUGCCCGCGGCCUAGGUGAAAUGGCGGCUGGACUAGGGUCCCACCGCAAGUUCUCUGCGCCUCGGCAUGGCCACUUGGGCUUCCUACCCCACAAGAGAAGCCGUCGCCACCGAGGGAAGGUGAAGACCUGGCCUAAGGAUGACCCCAGCAAACCAAUCCACCUGACGGCUUUCAUGGGCUACAAAGCUGGCAUGACACAUACCCUGCGGGAGGUGCACAGGCCUGGGCUCAGGAUCUCCAAGAGGGAGGAGGUGGAGGCUGUGACCAUCAUUGAGACCCCACCAAUGGUGGUGGUGGGAGUUGUGGGGUACAUAGAUACUCCAAAGGGCUUGAGGAAUUUCAAGACUGUUUUUGCUGAGCACAUAAGUGAUGAGUGCAGACGGCGUUUCUAUAAGAACUGGCACAAGAGCAAGAAGAAGGCUUUCACCAAGUACUGCAAAAAAUGGCAGGAUGAGGACGGCAAGAAGCAGCUGGAGAAAGACUUUGCGGCUAUGAAAAAGUACUGCAAGGUCAUUCGUGUCAUCAUGCACACACAGAUGAAGCUGCUUCCGCUGAGGCAAAAGAAAGCCCAUGUGAUGGAGAUUCAGCUGAAUGGUGGGACAGUGGCUGAGAAGGUUGACUGGGUCCGUGAGAGGCUGGAGAAGCAGAUCUCUGUGCACAGCGUCUUCAGCCAGAACGAGAUGAUUGAUGUCAUUGGUGUGACCAAGGGGCAUGGGAUGAAAGGAGUGACAAGCCGUUGGCACUCCAAGAAGCUCCCCAGGAAGACACACAAGGGCUUGCGCAAAGUUGCCUGCAUUGGAGCCUGGCACCCAGCGCGGGUCGGCUUCUCCGUUGCUCGGGCUGGCCAGAAGGGCUACCACCACCGCACGGAGCUCAACAAGAAGAUUUUCCGCAUUGGCCAUGGGAUCCAUGUGGAAGAUGGCAAAGUGGUGAAGAACAACGCCUCAACGAACUACGAUGUCACGGAGAAGACCAUUACACCUCUGGGUGGCUUUCCUCACUAUGGAGAGGUCAACAAUGACUUCCUCAUGCUGAAGGGCUGCGUCGUGGGCCCGAAGAAGCGUGUGCUCACUCUGCGAAAGUCCCUUCUGGUGCACACACGCCGCCGAGCUCAUGAAGCUAUUGAACUCAAAUUCAUUGAUACCACUUCCAAAUUUGGCCACGGCUGCUUCCAGACAGCUCAGGAGAAGCGUGCAUUCAUGGGCCCUCAGAAAAAACACCUGGUGAAAGCGAAGCCAGGUGUGCAAGAAGAGCUGUAAGGGAUGAGAUACACAAGGCUUCCUAAUCAGGCAACCUUCAAUAAAGGGUCUUGAAGCUGUGCCUGCUGUCUGUCUUCCU